CUUGGAAAUGAAAUAUCUAAACGUUGCGGAAAAAAAUGAUGCUGCUAAAACAAUUGCAGGUCAAUUGUCAAAUGGAACAGCACGAAGACGCGAAGGAUAUUCUGUCUACAACAAAAUAUAUGAUUUUGAGGCUAUUGUCAAAGGAACGAAGUCUAAAAUGGUUAUGACAUCUGUAUCCGGUCAUCUGUUGCAGCUAGAAUUCCUGAAUUCAUAUCGUAACUGGCAAAAUGUUGAUCCCGAAAGUUUAUUUGAUGCUCCUAUCCGAAAAGGUUGCAAUGAACAAUAUCAGCCGAUUAAGAGGACAUUAGAAAGAGAGGUACGAGGAUGUCAGGGAUUAAUAAUAUGGACGGAUUGUGAUCGUGAGGGUGAAAAUAUUGGUUUUGAAAUAAUUGAUGUUUGUCGCGCUGUUAAACCCAAUAUCGUUGUAUACCGAGCAAUCUUUUCUGAGAUCACAGGAACAGCUGUAAAAAGGGCACUACAAAAUCUUACUAUUCCUGACAAGAGACAAAGCGAUGCUGUCGAUGUUCGAACCGAGUUAGAUUUGAGAACUGGAGCCGCAAUAACACGAUUUCAAACGAUGCGAUUACAGAGAUUGUUUCCUGAAAAAAUUUCCGAUAAAUUAAUUUCUUAUGGUAGCUGUCAAAUUCCAACUUUAGGAUUUGUUGCCGAGCGGUACAAGGAAAUAGAAGCAUUUGUGUCCGAACCAUUUUGGAAAAUAAAAGUAACUCAUACGAUCGAUGAUUUAACGGUGGAAUUUGUUUGGGCUCGAAAUCGCCUUUUUGACAAGCAAGCAUGUGAAGAUUAUUAUUUGCUUUGUAUUGCGAAUCCAAAGGCCACUGUCGAAAGUGUUACGGUAAAACCGAAAAGUAAGUGGAGGCCAACACCUAUGGACACAGUGGAAUUAGAAAAGUUAGGAUCACGGAAAUUAAAACUUUCUGCGAAAGAAGUUAUGACAAUUGCAGAGAAACUAUAUACCAAAGGUAUAAUCAGUUAUCCUCGUACUGAGACCAAUAUGUUUUCCAAAGAAAUUGAUUUACGAUCUCUCGUACAACAACAAACCCAACAUGGAGUUUGGGGUUCAUUUGCAGAACGUGUUUUAGAAUGGGGACCAAAUCCUCGAAAUGGCUCAAAAUCCGAUCAAGCGCAUCCACCGAUCCAUCCAACAAAAAUGGUAAAUGAUCUAAAUGGAAAUGAAGGCAGAGUCUAUGAAUUAAUAUGCCGCCAUUUUUUGGCUUGCGUCAGUAAAGAUGCUGUUGGCUCCGAAACUAUUGUAAAUAUAACAAUCGAAGGGGAAAAGUUUUCGGCAAAUGGCUUGGUAAUAUUCGAGAGAAAUUAUCUGGACGUGUACAUAUAUGAGAAGUGGAAUGCGAAGCAAAUACAUAAAUACGAAGAAGGCCAAGUUUUCGAACCAACAGAAAUAACAAUGCCGGAGGGCCAUACCACAGCACCGCCUCUUUUAACGGAAGCAGAUCUUAUUGCCUUAAUGGAAAAACAUGGAAUAGGAACCGAUGCGACGCAUGCCGAACAUAUCAAUACUAUUAAAGAGAGAGGAUAUAUAGGUGUUGUAGACAAUGGAUCACUAGUACCUGGCGUCAUAGGGAUGGGCCUAUAUGAAGGAUAUGAUGCUAUGGAAUUGGCGCUAGCAAAGCCAAUGUUGAGGGCUGAAUUUGAAUCUGACCUAAAAAAGAUAUGCUUGGGCGAAAAAGAUCCAAAAACUGUUUUGAGAGAGCAAAUUGCCAAGUAUAAGCAAGCCUAUAAGCAGAUAAUGGAUAAAAUAACAGCCAUGGAUGAGAAAAUGGCGCAAAGAAUAGAUGAAGCUCCAAAACAGAGAGACGACAAUAGUACGCAAGGAACGGAUAGCGCACAAAACAAUCCGAAACGAAUACAAGAGGUGUUUACGUGUCCGAAGUGUUCUAUUGCGCCUCUAGCAUUGAAGCAAAAAAAUAACAAACCAGGACAUUUUAUUGGCUGUCUCAAUUUUCCGAAUUGCAAAAAUUGCAUUUGGUGGCCAGAUGAAUGUAAAGAUCCUUCAGUUUUGGAUGAAUAUUGUCCAAGGUGUGGAUCCGAGUACAAACUAAUAAAAAUGCGAUUUUCUCUUCCCUAUCAUAGGACAUUAUUCAAUAGUCCAAGUGGUUGGUAUAAAACUUGUUUACAAUGUGAUGCUCAAUUCCGAAAUACUUUCAAUAUAAAUAUUGAAUGUGUAAAACGCACGGGUCCGAUAGUUAGCGAUACACCAAUUAAUUAUGGUUCCGUCAGCCCCAUGCCUGCCGCCACGACAGCCACCAAAUCAAAGAAAACCUCUACUAAAACUAAAGAAAAACCUGCAACGUCGAACGCCGCAUCAAAACCUAGAAAAACGUCUGAGAAAGCAGCGAAAAAAGAUAAAAAAGUAGCAACGGAGACCACCACAAUUAGAUCAUAUUUUACAUCAGCCCCUACAAAUACUGUCGCAGAUUCUGAAUAUAAUGGAUUUUUUGAUAGCAACGAUGGUGAUGAUGAUGAACUUCUAUUAGCAGCCAUCCCAGAAACCACAAAUUCCAAUCAAAUAACCGUACAAGAAUCUCGGCUCCCUGCUGAUAUUGCAGAAAUGUUUAAUGAUGAUGAUGACGAGUUGUUGGCCAACAUUCCCAUGGAUGUUGAUGACGAUCCAAAAAUAAAUGAAAAUUCUCUAAGCAGACGUCAAAGCACAAGUGCGUUAGUUCAAUCGAAUGAUAUUUUUGAUGAUAGUUUAUCGGCUGUCUUUAACGAUGAUAAUGAUUUUGGUGAUGACUAUGUUUGGGGCAGUUCGGCAAGGAAUGCCAACAUUUCGAAAACCACAAAUGUUACGGGACAGAUUGCAAAAAGAGCAAAAAUUCAGAGUCUAGAAUCAGAUGACUGGGGAUCUAAUGCCACCAGAUCUACAUAUAGCCAAGCAGACGAAAAUACUAUUAAAUGCAGUGGUUGUCAUUUAGCCGCAAAAGAAUUAUGUGUAAAAAAAGAUGGCCCAAAUAAGGGGCGUAUGUUUUACGUCUGUUCGAAGACUAAUCCCUGCAAGUUUUUCCAAUGGGCUGAUGAGGUCAACGUAAAUCGAAACGAUUUGGUGACAAAUACAUCUGAAUGGGAUUAUGGAACGGGAACUGAAAAUAAUAAUUCUUCGACAUAUACUGAACAAGCAAACGUAAAUUGCAAUUGCAAUCAGCCAGCCAAAAGCUUGACAGUUCGCAAGGAGGGUCCAAAUAAAGGGAGGGGUUUCUAUGCUUGUUCGAAUCGCGACAGCUCUUGUGGUUUCUUUCAGUGGAUUGAUGAUGACGCACAUCAAGAUAAUUUUGCAUGGGGUAGUGGAUCAUCGACAUCAACAAAAGACGUACAUCAUCAUCAUCAUAUGUAA